AUGGCCGCGUCGCCGGACGCUGUGCUCCACCUCGCAGCGCUCCACACGCUCGCCCAUGCUGGAUUCGCUUCCACGUCGCGCGCAGCCUCUCUCAACCUCUCCUCCAUCCUGGCACGCUAUCUUCGCCUCGUCGCUGAGGAAUGCACUGGUCGCGCGGCACUCGCUGGGCGGUCCAAGGUUGCUGCCGUCGAUGUGGUCACGACAUUACAGGACCUCGGUGUCGGUGGGAUAGGCGAACUGCAGGAAUGGACCGUCAGCAUCGACAAAGAGGUGUCGUUCGUCGGUACCAAGAUGGAGGAGCUGGAGUGCUACCUGCGCGACGGCCUCACGAUUAGCGAGGGCGUCGAAGCGCACUUUGUGCCCGUCGAGAGUGAUGACGAGGUCGACGCGGAGGAGGAAGACGCGAUGGACAUCGACGACGACGCCCAGGUCAAGAUUGAGGAGGUUCUGGAAGAGCCCGCUUUUGACAUCCGCACGCUGUACCGUCCAAAGUCACCCGACAUGUCGUGGCUCCCACCACUGCCAACUGACAACAUCAUCGCGGGUACCAGCGGCCUAGGGACGGUAGCGGCACCUAUGGACAGCGCGCCCGCGCCACUGUCAGUGGCCGACCGAUAUCGCCGACCAAUUGCGUUCGCAUCAUCAACGCUCGCGGAGAACCACCAGUGGAUGGACCCACCACAUUCGGCAUCCCCGCCAGAAUUCCCUCCUGCGCCGUCUUCCUUUCCCUACCUUAUCUCAACGUAUGCGGCUGUCAAGGGCGAGCCGUCCGUCGCGUUGCGGCAGACAGACGGACGCCGGCAAGCAGCCGACCUACUGCGCUUGACUGUCGGCAAUCCGGGGGUGUUCACUACCGAGGACACGCUCUCCAUCCCCCUCCCACCGCCCCGCAUCUCGCCAAUCGUGCCUUCACACUCGGAGAGUCUUCCUCCUAAGUUGUUACCUGUUAAUCCGAACCAGAAUGGUAUCGUGUCGUCGCUCCUCCAAAAGAUCCGCUCACCCUACCUCCCUCCAUCGCUGAGGGAGAGGCUCACUGCAUUAAGGCCACCACAAGCACAGCAGAACGAUGCUGGACCGAUUCUCUUUGGGCCGGCUGUACGCGGCGCAGACGAGAGCGCGCUCGCCAAGGCACGGGGCAAGGCGACGGGUAACGAGCCAGAGUUCUUCUUCCGCGCGACGUGGGAUUCGGGCCCGCGCGGCAUGGAGCGCUGGAGCAAGGGCGGCUUGCCUGCGGGCAAGAAGGUCGUCCAGCACGUCGAGGGCGAGAAAUUCCCCCGCGAGUCGGCAGGUGCCAAGGCGCUGCGUCUCAAGAUCAACGAGAAGGCGCCGGGCAUCGUUGACGCGCGCGAGGCGUCGCCUGGUGCCGCGAGCUCGCCGAAGGUCACGCUCCGUCUCGGAGCGCCCAAGCCGCCCGACCGCGGCCACGCACGCUUCUCCCCGCGUUCUAGUAUCGAUGCGGGAUCUAGCUUUAGCUUCGAUUCGAACGUUCCCUCCGCUGCGGCGUUCUUCCGUCCCCCCGGCGACCAUCAUGACAAGUCCAAGUCCAAUUCACGCAGCACAUCGCCGUCCAAGCGCUACAGCCCCCAAGUGAAGCAAGAACCGAUGAUGUUCGAUUGA